ACCUGUCCCCCAACCGUCAAAAUUGAAAAAAUUCCUGUAAUUAAUGUCAGGACCAAACGUAACGGUACUCACAGUAGUACCACUCGACGAAGAAAAGCUUAAACGAGACGGUUCCCUUGUCCCCAUUUUGGAAAAAUCCCUAAUGCUCGUCCACGAAUUACUGGAAUUAGCAGACAGUCUGAAAACAGCAAUCGAAACGAAAUAUGCUCCCGCUCUUGAACAGAUGCGUGCGGCGAAAAAGCUUACCUCCUCCGACGAUUUCAAGAAAGGUUUGACAGUAAGUAGUGGCGCCCAGCAACAAUCGUCUAUGACACAAGGUUGUUCCCCAACUUGCCAAUUAGCGGUACGCCAGCCUCCAACUUCACUUCCACGAACUGUGUCGAAAACUUGCCCCCCAUGCCCCGUUAAAAACAAAGUCAGCGCACCUUCAGUGGAACAACCUCAAGUUGUGGUGAAAACUUGUCCUCCGUGCCCUAGAGCACCACCGAAGGAAGAACCGCCUAAAAACGAUUGCAUCUGUGCACCUUGCAAAGCUGCGGAUGAAAAACCUAAAGAUGAAGAAAAAGAGAAGCGUAGUAAGAAGUCAGCCACCGGUGAAGAUCAAGCUGCUGAAAAGACAAGUAAGAAAUCGACAACAGCAGAAGAGUCAGAAGAGAAACCUAAUGAAAAAUCAGUAACCGGUGAAGAACCAGCUGCUGAACAAACAAGCAGGAAAUCUGCAACUGCAGAAGAGGCAGAAGAGAAACGUAGUAAGAAAUCAACAACUCCCGAAGGUGAUGCGGAGGAGGUUAAACCACCUGAGGAUGCAACUGCAGCACCAGUUGAAGACAAACCUGAGCAGCCUCCAGAGGAUGCCCCAGUCGAAAACACUCCAGCUGAAGACAAGCCCGAACAGCCUCCAGAGGAUUCUCCACCAGCCGAGACUGAUCCACCACCUAAACCUCAAGAGCAAUCCGAAGAACCGAAGCCAGAAAAUCAGUAACUUCCGAAAAUAAUUUUAAAACGAAAAAAAAUGGUUGUUCCCCAA